CAUUUAUCCCCUCAUCUUCUAGCUAUGGCAACUAAACUACCGAUCGGAGGCGGCAAGAGUCCGUAUGCAGCUUUCUCCCGGCAAUCGAGCGCGGGCACGCUCAAUCGAUCCUUGGAUGUUUCCCCCUGCAGCAGCAACACGAUAUUGGCCCAAUCCGUGACAUUCGACCUCAACCCGAACGCCACGACAUUUAUUCCUAGUCGCUUUGUAGAGCAUGGCUACUUUCCUCCACCUGCUUACACACCGGAGGCGUGGUUGCACAUCCUCGAUUCUGGCAUGCUGGCAUCCAAUCCCUCUCUGCCACCUCUCUUGGUACAGUUUGGACCGUGGUCAUCUGAGAAAUUACGCGACCUCGCUCAACUUUUCUGCUGGGAAAUUUUAGCAAAAGCGAAUAUCGUAGAUUUUGGACCGGAGGCAGCGCUCUUUGCGCGAGACGUGCGCGAUAACUUUAAGAUUCAUCACUCCGAGUGGGUCUCCAGCUGCUUCGUGGCCCACUUGCAAAAGGCCGUCUUGGAACACUUUAAUUCGUUCUGGUGUUCUCUUGAUAAUCCGGAUGUCAUUUCCCAAAGGAAAAAACUCGAAACCAAACGGUGGAAUGUCGCGUUGGAGAUUUCUUGUUUCAUCGCAGACUUGUUCUCAUUUAGCCUCAUCGACGCAUCGAUUAUGCACGAGUGUCUGGGAAUUCUGUUGUACGAAAUGGUUAGCGUGCAACACGUACGCGUUGUUCAAUCCAUGGUUAAACGCGCCGGACCGACGUUAUGGCAAACAGCCGAUAGUCAUGAACGCCGCCAGGAAUUCAUCAGGCAUUUUAUGGACCGUACCUCAAAACUUCCAGACAAUUCAAGCCUGACUGGACGAGAAAAAAUUAUCCGUAAGGCGAUAGAGGCUGAUGAUAUCAUCGCGCUGAUCAAUGGAUGGCACGCGCGGCGGUCAGAGUACCGUUCGCCUGCGGUGAAAUCCAUUUGGGGAUCGUCUGGCCUUAAUAUGUAG